CAUACAAAACUACAAUCUACAAGGCGUAGACUUUUUUUUUGGAGUAGAUAACAUUGGUGACAACAGUGGUUGCUUGUGUUUGUAGUUAGAUUGUUAUUUAUAUUUUUUUUUCAACUUGAUAAUUAAUUUAUAACACUAAAAAUAAUUAUUAUUUUAUGACAGUUAAAUAAUAAAAUAACUUGUCAUUUAAUCUCUGUGAUUCAUACUCCAAAAUAUCAAUAUUAGUCAUUGGACAAGCUUCAACAGUGUCUACACAUAGAACCUGUAUUUGUUUUUAUUCUGUACAUCAAAAUAUAUAUUACAAAAAGUAGCUAAACUUAACAGAAAAAAUAUAAAAUUUAUAGAAAAAAUAUAUUAUUUAAAAACAGUAAACAUAAUUUAACUAUUUAUACAAUAAAUUUAAUUGUUAAUUAAGUAUAAAAACAAGAGAAAAAAAAAAACAUUCAAGAUGUGUGCUAAAAUGGCAUUCCAGCAUCAAGCUGGUACAGCAAUGGAGUGUUUAAGUAUACCAAUAACACUACAUAAAGAGACUGAUAUUACUGCAAAUGGUGAAGAGGUCAUGAAAUGUGGCUUUAAAAUUGGUGGUGGAAUUGAUCAAGACUUUCGAAAAAGUCCUCAAGGCUAUACUGAUAAUGGUAUUUAUGUGACAGAAGUACAUGAAGGUUCACCAGCAGCUAAAAGUGGUCUAAGAAUGCAUGAUAAAAUUCUACAAUGCAAUGGUUAUGACUUUACAAUGGUGACACAUAAAAAAGCUGUUGGAUACAUUAGAAAACAUCCUGUAUUGAAUUUAUUAGUUGCAAGAAAGGGCGUGACCAGCACAUAAAUAAAAACCUUAUAAAAUUAUUAUUAUUAUUAUUUGUUUUUUUCAACUAAACGAAAAAGAAAAAAAUAAAAUUUUUAUAUUAUGUA